AUGACGAAAGCGACGAUAACGGACGAUCUGUCGAUGACUACAUCGAUACUACAAGAGCUCGUUGGAAAAUCUCGGAAAGUGGACGGUCGACUGUAUUUUCGAAUCGAUAUCCAUUUCCCAACAUUUAUCGAAAUGCAUGCGUCUCGGGAAACCACAUCAAUGGCAGCACAAAUCACUACUUGCUGGUUACGUCGGAUCCCACGAUCUCGACUGGUAACGAUAAGUGUCUCCCAACUCUUCUGCCCCGAUCUACACCCUAAUGAUGAAUCUCGUGUCGAAUCGAUCACCGUCCUCCAAGUUGUCGCAGAAUCGUUGACUGCAGCAGCAGCAAAAGCCGGCAUUCGCGGUCCGAGCUGGAGCAAUGAGGAGGACGUGUGGCUGUGUCAAUCCUGGCUUGCCACCUUCACUCGUUCGUCAAAGGGCACCGAUGUAUCACUCCAAGAAUUUUGUCUUGCAAAAGCUCUUGCGCGAAACAAACGCGAAAACAACAAAAAAGCUGCGAAAUCUGCUUGGAAGUUUCAAUACUGUUACAAUGAGCUUCAUGAGCAACCAAAGUUCAACAACAAGUAUGUCAGUGUGACAAACCAAAGUGUACCUGAGGAUGUGAAGCGCCCAAUUUGUCGCAAGAAAGCUAAGGAGCAAGAGAAGGAGGAUGGUACGCGCAAGCAUAAAUUGGACGAUGAUCGCGCUCGAUUGGCGAAGGCUGAAGAGGAGCAAAUUAAGAACAACCGCAGGCGCAUCGAGCUCCAGGAGAAAAUGGACGACGAUGAAAUGAUGCGAGAACAGCUCGACAAAUACUGGGGAGUUGAACUCGAGUAUUGGACGCUGAAAAGAAGGCGAUCGCGGUUAAUAACGAGUACUAGAACCGUUUCCGCGUUUUCUUACUUAAUCGUCGUCCUCGUCACCAACUGCAAAAAUUCUCUGGAGACACUCAACUCUGCGCUAAUGUUGGUGCUCUUCUCGAUAUCUCCCUCGAGCAUUUGUUUUAGUCUGCGGAUAUUUUGGCUUGAACAUUGUAUUGAAAUUGGUGGCAGAAGUGACAGUAAAUUUAAUACCCAGUUUUAG